AUGCAGAACGGUCCAUGCGGCUGGCGCCUGCAAUCAUUGCCCGAUGGCUUCGCUCCAACCACACUGCCCGUCCGCGCACCGAGGCAUCGAGGAGCCACGAUAUCCGGAGCCCGCGGCUCUUGCGGGGAGGAGGUUCAGAGUAAGCUGCGAUUCCUCGAGGCACUCACGUACUUCUGGCUUCUCAUGGUUUCGGCUCAGCGCCGACGGGCAACCAUGGGGGCCGGUCGAUGA